AUGCGUCCCUCAUUGCGGUUGUUAAACCUGGAGGUAUCGUCCCUCCAGGGCUCUCGGACCCUCUACGUCUGCUCAGUUUGCAGACAAGAAGCACGCCCACGCCCAUUAGUCGCCCGGCAAUUCCUGCGCAAUGCGUCCAACGCAACCCCGAUCACCGAACGAGUGCGCCGCAAGAUCUGGGGUACAGACAACCCGCCCGGUCUGAAGGAUCCCUACGGUGGAGAAGGAGUUCUGGAACGGAAAUUUAGGAAAGACCAGCCGGCCAGACAGGAGGAGGAGCCGGAGAAUCUCGCCCAGGCCUCAGAACAAACUCAGGUCGAGAAUGAAGCGGAGCUCGCUGCCGCUGAGGCAUAUGAGCCUGCAACCACAUGGGAGGGACUUCCACGUGUGGGCCACUUGGGCAGGUGGUCCGACUUACCUCCUUCUGGGGCCGACGGAUAUGAAUCGUUUAUGCUCAAAAAGAAAGUCACCAAGAAGGGUCAUCUGUCCCUAGCCGCCCACCAAGCAGCAGUCGAAGUUUGCCUGAUGCACACAUUGAACAAGCCUUUGUCAAAGGUCUGCGAUGUCGUCGAGCACGAUAAAUCGGUUUUCAAGAUGCUCUGGAAGUGCAAGAUCCAGCCCGGCCAGUGGGGCCAGGCCGUGGUCUAUCCUAGUAAGGAAGCCGAAAAAGCACUCGUUUAUAUCUUCGAACAGAUCGGCGGUCAGCCUGAGCCUGCCGUUGCAGAGGAGACCGCGGAGGUCGAGGAGGCCGUUGAAGAGUCAAAGUGGGAAGACCUCGUGCUGGAGGCGAAUGACUCGAAUGUUCCCUUCUUCGGAUACGCUGAUGUUCGGGACAAGGGUUUCCUGUCUCUCCCAUUGGACGACCCUGCUACGAAGUUCGCUUUCCUGAAGCGGUUCUCCCAGCUGAGCGGCCACUACCUCCCGGAUCCUGUCGUUCACUCGGUUGCCAACGUCGGACAGGUAGUUGAGUACGUCCACUCGGCUCUUAACCCCAAGCCUAAGAAGCUGGCAGAUUACCUGGCCAACAGCCAAGGUCUCCACAACCUGCCCAACGUCAAGGUCUUUGCCAAGAAGCAGAAGCCAAUGGACAGGGACGAGGAGUUGGGCCGGAAGAAGGUCAUCGAGGCUGAGCUUCGUUCCAGAGGGCUUAUUGAGUAG